CUCUGUUUUUCUAGCGGCGCUGCGGCAGCCAGUCUAAAGUCGGACUUUCUUGGCUUACUGGAGUGUUUGAACCCGGCCGCGGCAGUAGUAGCUGGCACAGGUUCGGCGUGAUGGCGCCAGUGUCCUGUAUCUGGGGAGGUCACGACCAAGAUUCGGCACCUUCAACCCCCACCUGAUUGAGUGCAUCGGUUGUCCCGGGCUGGGAGAGCAAGGGCACAAGACGCCAGGAGCCAGAUCCCUGCCACCCGUUAUGAGUAAGAGCUUGAGCUUGUCUGAGCAGCUCCACGCACUUCUCAAUGCUACUGACGGAAAUGUGGCCAGGAUUAAGUGUCAAAUCGGAAGAAAAGUAAAACUCAACGGAAAGUUAUGUGUGGAGUUCGUUCUUAGAAGAAGAAAAAAGUGAUUAUUGUGACUAUGGAUCGAAGCAAACGGAAUUCAAUUGCAGGAUUUCCUCCACGUGUGGAGCGUCUUGAAGAUUUUGAAGGAGGUGGUGGAGGGGAUGGGAACACGAUCCAGGUGGGAAGAGUUUGGCCAUCUUCAUAUCGGGCUCUUAUAAGUGCCUUUUCCAGACUGACACGUUUAGAUGACUUCACCUGUGAAAAAAUAGGGUCUGGCUUCUUCUCUGAAGUGUUCAAGGUACGCCACCGAGCUUCUGGUCAGGUGAUGGCUCUUAAGAUGAACACGUUGAGCAGUAACCGGGCAAACAUGCUGAAGGAAGUGCAGCUCAUGAAUAGACUCUCCCAUCCCAACAUCCUUAGGUUCAUGGGUGUGUGUGUACAUCAAGGACAACUGCAUGCACUUACAGAGUAUAUCAACUCUGGGAACCUGGAACAGUUGCUAGACAGUAACCUGCAUUUGCCCUGGACUGUGAGGGUGAAACUGGCCUAUGACAUAGCAGUGGGCCUCAGCUACCUUCACUUCAAAGGCAUUUUCCAUCGGGACCUCACAUCUAAGAACUGCCUGAUAAAGAGGGAUGAGAAUGGUUAUUACUCUGCUGUGGUAGCUGACUUUGGCCUGGCUGAGAAGAUCCCUGAUGUAAGCAUGGGGAGUGAGAAGCUGGCUGUGGUGGGCUCACCCUUCUGGAUGGCACCCGAGGUUCUCCGAGAUGAGCCCUACAAUGAGAAGGCGGACGUGUUCUCUUAUGGUAUCAUCCUCUGUGAGAUUAUCGCGCGCAUCCAGGCUGAUCCGGACUAUCUUCCCCGCACAGAGGUGAGCUGCAGGCAUGAGGUCAGUGCCACUGGGAUGGGGCUGCUUUUGAGGCUGUGGAACUAUUUCGUUCUUGGGGUGGAGUUGCUGGAACUUAAGUCAGUGUGGCUACUUCUCAGGGGCAGUUCCCAGCCUCUUUCUGAGCAUGCCAGGAGGGAUGGAGGGAUUCAUGACCUCUACCCAUGUUUCCUGUCUCCUCUCCAUCAUAACCAUCCACAGAAUUUCGGGCUGGACUAUGACGCUUUCCAACACAUGGUGGGAGACUGUCCUCCAGACUUUUUGCAGCUCACCUUCAAUUGCUGUAAUAUGGACCCCAAACUGCGCCCAUCCUUUGUGGAGAUUGGGAAGACCCUGGAGGAAAUUCUGAGCCGCCUACAGGAGGAAGAGCUUGAGACAGACAGGAAGCUGCAGCCCACAUUCAAGGGAGUCUUGGAGAAAGGACCUGGGGUGAAGCGACUGAGCUCACUAGAUGAUAAGAUCCCUCCCAAGUCCCCACGCCCAAGACGUAUUAUCUGGCUGUCUCGAAGCCAGUCAGACAUCUUCUCCCGUAAGCCCUCACGUACAGUAAAUGUCCUGGACCCCUACUACCGGCCACGAGGUGGUGCUGCCCGCACCCCCAAAAUCAAUCCUUUCAGUGCUCGCCAGGACCUCAAGGGUGGCAAGAUCAAGUUCUUUGACCUCCCCAGCAAGUCUGUCAUCUCCCUGGUAUUUGACCUGGAUGCACCAGGGCCUAGAACUUUGCCUGUGGCUGACUGGCAGGAACCCUUGGCCCCACCUGCCCGCCGGUGGCGUUCUUUGCCGGGUUCACCAGAGUUCUUCCAUCAAGAGGCCUGUCCAUUUGUGGGCCGAGAAGAAUCACUAUCUGAUGGGCCCCCACCACUCCUAAGUAGUCUCAAGUACAGAGUAAAAGAGAUCCCACCAUUCCGAGCAUCCGCCCUUCCAGCUGCUCCAGCUCAUGAGGCCAUGGACUGCUCCAGUCCCCAGGAAGAAAAUGGUUUUGGGCCCAGGCCUCAGGGGGCCAGUCCAUGCCUUGCAGGUACCUCUGAGGAGAUGGAAGUAGAAGAAGAAAAGCCAAGAGGCUUGGCUCCAGUCCUCUUCUCUGUCUCAGGCACAGGCCUGAAAACCCAGGGAGAGCAGGAUGGGUGAGAGGGGUUAAUCCCUGCCUCACCUCGGGGAUGGACCUUCAGCUGAAGCCACAGGGCCUCCCCUUGGUGCAUAGCCUUCACUCUUCCCUGGGGUCCACAGAGCAGGCAUGCUAGCCAAGUCAGGCUCAAUUUUGGGGCUCUCAUAGCCCACUGGCUGUGUAUGAAGGGAGGCAGCAGUGAGAGGCCUUCCUAGUUAGGGCCAACGGUUGAUAAAAAGCCUCAGAAAUCCAGCAAGGAGCUCUGGCUCCCACAUGACCCCCCCAAUGCACUUCCACAGACAGGACCAGAGGACUCCUAGUUCUAGUUUGAGCUGGCAGGCAGCUAUUACCCCAGGUUCUUCUCCCACUCCAGGUCUGUCUCUUGCCCUUUACUGGGGCAUAUAAGCUACUGGAUAGAACCUGGAACUGACCAGAAGGCUGUAAAGGACAUGAGUAUUUCUCAGACCUGAAGACUGGGGUGCUUCUUGCCAGUUAUGUCUAAGACACUUGAAUAAUUGCUGUUUGCACUUACUGCACGGUCAGACCAUGUCACUACAUUUCUAUGCAAUGGGAAGGUAAGGCAGCGUGGUGGUCAUGGCUCUUAGCUAACCUAUUCAAGGAUCUUUUCCAGUUGAUUAAUCUAUUUUCAUAUUUAUGAAGGAGUCUUAAUGUUCUGCCCUAUAAGACUUUCAACCUUGUGGUUGGGAGUGGGGCUGGUUUUGUAGGCCGUAGGGCCUGCUUUAUGUGUUUGUCAACAUGUGAUACACCCAUUUGGUUAAAUGGUUUUAUACAUGGACUGACUUUCUUCCCUCCCUGCUAUGGCUGGAGCUACCGGAACAGUCUGUCCUUACAGAGCUGCAAUAAGAAAUAACCAAAGAUGAAGCUGGUCAGAUAUUUUCAUAACUUGUUUCCGCUGAUUUUUUUUUUUUUGUAAAACUUUCCCAAGACACUUUCAGAUUUAAAAAUAAAUAAAGUCGGUGUUACAGGU